UGACCCCAAACCUCCUUGUCACAGAAGCCAUCAAAGUUCUUAUGGCCAAAUGUCGGCGAUUCCUAAGUGAACUGGACUCCACGGACAUGGAGUGAAAUAAAGACCACAAAAUGACAUGGAAGUGCGGAGUCAUGUGACGGCGUGGUGGGCGGUGGAGCUUGAGUGUGAGAAGAAGAAGAGGUGAGCAGGUGGAUGAUAUAAAGGAGGUGUCACGCAUGGAGGUCUGGGUCUUGCUGACCGUGAUGCUGCCCCCCCUGGCGUGCGUGAUGGCACUCGGCGUUCUAUCAGGUUCUUGUCAGGGUGUGAUGACAUCAUCCACGGAGCGGGUGGUGGUUUUGGAGGGGGAACUGCUGACCCUGUCCUGCAACUACUCUGCUGGCGACACCGGCCUGUCCUGGUACCAGAAGAAACGCGGUUCUCCUCCACAGCUGCUGAUCGGGGAUUAUUCCCAAGCAGAAGACCGCUUGACAAAGUUCAGACGUGAUGGAAGGAUGUUCCAUGUGGACCUGAGGUGGUCUUCACUGCACCCCCAUGUUGUCAUCUACUGCGCUAUGGUGCCCACAGUGGCUGUGACAGUACAAGCCCUGCACAAUAACCUCACUGCCUCCACCAGGGGGAGACACUCUUCUACUGUAUGUUCUACUGUGAAGGCCCUCCCUCAGCGGGGUCAGGUGGUGCCCCCCCAGCCCAGGAGUGCAGACAUGAAGCGUACGCUGGUGUGUGUGCUGAUGGCUGCCUGGAGCCUGGGAAGCGGCGCCCAGAUGGUCAAGCAGCCGGUGGGGGACGUGCACGCCGAGCAGGGUGACGCCGUGACGCUGGGCUGCAGCUACCAAAGCUCCGGAGCUAACGACUACAUCUACUGGUUCCGAAAGACCAGCCGGGCGGCGCCAGAGUUCAUCCUGUUACACUUCACGGCCGGUCAGCAGAAGAUGGUGAGCGUCGUUGACGAGAGGUUCAGCUGCAGCAUCGAUGCCGGCGCCCUGCAGGCUCCGCUGGAGAUCCGAGACGUGCAGAUGAAGGACUCUGCCGUGUACUACUGCGCCCUGCAGCCCACAUGUGUGUCUGGAACCUGGCGUUUACUUUUUGGAAGCGGAACCAGACUGAGAGUGGAAGACAAGGAGGACCUGGAGCCGUCCUUCUACAAACUGGAGGGGAAUGUGACGGCUUGCCUGGCCGCCGGCUUCAGCAGACAAAACGCCACGGAGAAGGCGGGGAAAGGAGACGUGUUCCGGGGGUCGCACGGCGUGCGGAUAUCGGGCGACUCGCUGUACAAUCAGGUGACGCUGCUCUCGGCCGAGCACGCCGACUCGUGUGAGAAAGGUUACAGCGGACCGGGCCGGUGCCGGGACGCGUUGGCGCCAGACGAGAAGAUCAACCUGGUCUCUCUCACGGUCCUCGUCCUCCGUAUCGUCUUCGCCAAGACGCUGGCCAUCAACGGCGUCCUGACGCUGCGCCUGUGGCUGGCUCCGCCCCAGUAGGCCUCCAUGCGCCGCCACCAUCGGCUCUGACUGCUGGGAGGACUGGUGUGUGUGUGUGUUACAUUCAUUAUGGUCAAUAAAUA